UACUGGGUAUUCAUCAGUUCAUCUUCAGAUUUCUUCUUGUAAACAUCCCUGCUACUUCAAAACAAUCAUAAUGUUCAAGGUACUUGCCCUCAUUGCCUGCUUGGCCGUGGUCGCCUCGGCCCAAUACUACGGAUCCGCAUACGAGCACAAGGAACAUCACGAUCACCCGAAGUACAAGUUCGAGUAUGGCGUGAAGGAUCCCCACACCGGUGACCACAAGACCCAGUGGGAAGUGCGCGAUGGCGAUGUCGUCAAGGGACAGUACACGCUGCAUGAGGCCGACGGAACCGAGCGCGUGGUUGACUACAAGUCGGACGGUCACAAUGGUUUUGAAGCCAACGUGAAGAACGUUGGUCAUGCUCAUCACCCGCAGGUGUACGGAGGACAUUCUUCCCACGGACAUCACGACUACGGCCAUGGAUCGGGAUCCAGCUACACGAAUCUGGACAAACAUUAUUUAGUGCUUAUCGACGUUGACGUAGCUGGCUCCCGAGUAUCCGUGGUGGACAUGAUGAUCCGGCACAUGCACUGGGGCGUAAGCUGGGGCAUGAUGGACUGGAGCAUGCACUGGAGCAUGGACCGGAUGGCUCGGGUGGUGAGCGUGUCCGACCUUCUUGACAUCAGCCUCGAAUCCGUUGUGACCGUCCGACUUGUAGUCAACCACGCGCUCGGUACCGUCGGCCUCGUGCAGCGUGUACUGUCCCUUGACGACAUCACCAUCGCGCACUUCCCACUGGGUCUUGUGGUCACCGGUGUGGGGAUCCUUCACGCCAUACUCGAACUUAUACUUGGGAUGAUCGUGGUAAUCCUUGUGCUCGGGCACUCCAUGGUACUGGGCCGAGGCGACGAUAGCCAGACAGGCAAUGAGGGCAAGGAUCUGAAAAAGGACCAAAUGUGCUUAAUCCUCGCCCUUAUUGCCUGUCUGGCUAUCGUCGCCUCGGCCCAGUACCAUGGAGUGCCUGAGCACAAGGAUUACCACGAUCAUCCCAAGUAUAAGUUCGAGUAUGGUGUGAAGGAUCCCCACACCGGUGACCACAAGACCCAGUGGGAAGUGCGUGAUGGCGAUGUCGUCAAGGGACAGUACACGCUGCACGAGGCCGACGGUACCGAGCGCGUGGUUGACUACAAGUCGGACGGUCACAACGGAUUCGAGGCUGAUGUCAAGAAGGUCGGACACGCUCACCACCCGAGCCAUCCGGUCCAUGCUCCAGUGCAUGCUCCAGUCCAUCAUGCCCCAACUCACGCCCCAGUGCAUGUGCCGGAUCAUCAUGUCCACCACGGAUACUCGGGCGCCAGCUACGUCAACGUCGAUAAGCACUAUUAAAUGAACAACAGGAAAUACUCAAUAAACAGCAAUUUGUAAAUUCAAAUGUUUUGUGAAGUAAACUAAAUGAUGAAAAUUAACCGAUGGAACUUCAAUCAACAAAUUACUGAACGUUCAUCACUUGGCCAAAAGAC